CCUGAGUUGUCAGCAGUCGUUGAACCCCAGACAGGUAGCUGAUGGCUUUUCAUCGUCUGCCUUAUUUUAUUAGCAUUGUUACUGCCUGACAUUGAAGGUGAUGGGUGGAGAAUUUGCAUUUGGAUUUUAAAGUUUGUAGAAGAGUGUUUGUACUCUGUAUCUUCUCUGAACCUUACCCAGACUGGUUCAAGACCAGCUAGCAGCCACUGAUUGAAAGGCCUUGCCAUCUACCAUGCAAUCAAGUGGGCUUCAGCCUUUCUGAGUGGAGGCGGUGAGCGAAGAGGGGGAGGAGGUGUCCGUGUCUUAAAAGAAGAGUUGAAAACUGGGGAAAAGGCAACUGCUCGCUAUAAGGUUCUUGGAAAGAAACAUGCUGUGUAUGUAGUAGUUAAGGUGAAUUGCACUCUGCAUGCAUGGUAGCACUCUUACAUGGCUUAUGGGAGAGCAGCUUGGUAGGUUGCCGUGGAGCCUUAGCGACUGAAUGGAGGAAAGCAGGAAGCACCUUGAUUUCCCUGAAAGAGGUAAGGGAAAUAUCAGGGAUGGAGAAGUUUAGGAAGUGUUUAGCCUCAAAAUUAGGGCAGCUUGAAAAUGAAUUAACUGCUGGGCCUGUAGCAAUCUGUGUGUUCAUGUAUGUAUAGGACCUUAAGCACAGAAAGGUUUGGGGUGAGUCUGGAAAGGGUCCAUGUUUAAGGAAUGUAGUUCUUCUGGCUUCCGAGAUAGCUUUUUGUGUAGACAGCAUGGAAAACAAUUACAAAAACAAGUAUUGCAAGACACUUAAUGAGAUGGGAAACUGGCAGUGCUAAGGUUGUGGUUCUUGAGCUCGAGUGAUUGUGAGAGAAUUACAGUUUUUUGAUGCUUCCUUUUUCCAGGCAAGCAUUUUCUUUCUUGUGAACAACCACGAGUGGAGUUUAUCCUCUGGGCUUAAAGUCAGUAACCCCAAAAAUGCAUUGAAAAUCUCUCCUGACUUUUGAAAUGAGGGGCUAUGACAGCAACUGAACUCGAGGAAGAAAAUACACAUUAAUGUUUGCUGGCAGUUCCACUAGUGUAGUCUGAGACUUACUCUGCUGAGAUGUCAGACUGUCCUCUUCCCCCAUUUUGGAGCAGGGGUUCCUGGGCCUGAGCAUACCGGUUUUUAGAAAACAUAGCUUCCUAAUUUCCAGAUAUACCGGGAGAGUCAUCAGGGACAGAAAAGGAGGGAGAAAGUCAGAGGUUCCUCUGCAUUAAAAAAGCUGGGCUGCCAGGAGGGUUUUCAAUUGGAGAUCACCAGGCAGCUUUGUUAGGGGUCCUUUCUUUUGCAGGCAGCUCUACCAAGCUUUGUGCUGAAACACUACAUCAGGUGUUUAGCUUCAGGCCACAUUUGUUUGGGUUGAAAGAAAAAUAAGUAGUAAAUCUCCAUCCAUUUCUAAGAAUGCAGCUAAUGAAGAAGGAACUUCUGGGUCAUUUUUUUUCUUCUUUCCAAUAAAAAAAUCACAACAAACCUAGAAUUCCUAAAAAAGAACGGAGAGAGUCCAACUGGUUCUUCUCAAAGCUGUAAUGCAGGGGCAUUGAGACUUGGGAAGGGCGAAGCGAGUGGUGGGAGAUUGCAGUUGUAGCUAUUGACUGAAUAACCUAGCUAUUGAUUAUCAUAGCUGAUAAUCAUUGGCAAUGAUGAUUUCUCCAGUGCAUUCUGCUCUUAAUGUCUGUUGCUGUAUGGAUGGUGAAAGGGGCUGUGCAUGACUCAGUGAAAGCCCAGCAUCCUGAAGUCCCUCUUACUCCAGACCAGGGUUAGUUAGUUCAGCUCUGUCAGUACUGAAGUUGGCAGCCUAGAGCCACAUCUUGAAGUAGCAGUUCAGUGAUCUUGUGUACCUCUACUUGUCUGCUCUUCCAACUGCAAAAUACAUGUGAGGGAUGUGUGCCUGUUUCUUCUGGACUAUGAUGUGCAGGUAUAGGUAGAGAAUGUCUUUCUGGUUGAGGGGUUUGUCAGCCUAAGAUGAAAACACUGUUCUUGUGAAUGUGCUUUACUUUGUAGGCACUUCUGUUCCAUAUGGAGUAAGGGUACUUUGGAGGUUGUCUGACAGGAUUUGCACACCUUGCCAAACAUGCUGGUUUCCCAAGUAAAAACAAAGUCCCAGAAGCUGGUAAAUACCUGUGCAUGUGAUGCAAACAAACUUCCUGAUGCAGGGGCUACAUAGCAGUCCCUUGCAGACCACAGCUUGCACUGGGACCUUUUUAGCUUCUGUUGAAAGCUAUGGGGUCUCUUCCAUAGAAUACGCCUGGUGGUAUCAAUUUAUUAGCUGGACUGAGGCCUUGAUUUGUAAUGAGCCCUGAAGUGUAAUUUGCAAUAGUCGCCUGACUCUAUCUUACUAAGCUGCAGUGGGUACAAGGGGGAAACAUAUCGAGGCUGGAGUAAUAUUUACCUUCGCUUCCAGUCAGGAGGAGUACCUAGAGCAAAAAAAAAGUGCCACACCUAGGAUCUCUGGAGAUGGUUUUCCUGGGAACUUGGGCCGCAGAGAGCAAAAUACCCCUGAUGCUGUAUAUGCAGGGCAAAGGUGGCUGCUGUCUUUAAAAAUACACAUGUGAAAAUUGAACUGGAAGUUACUGCAAAGCUGAAUUUGCAGGUAUCACAGCAAGGAAAUGUAUAGAAACCAGAUCUGAGAGGUUGUACAACAGUGAGUAUCUCAGGGUACUCCCUGACAGUUCUCAUUUGCUUUGCUGAAGUGUUAAAUCCUUAGUUAUGGGUGGUAAUUAAUGAAUUACUUUAGGCUUUUGUUUUGAUUAUAGGCAAUGUGUGUAUGUAAUAUGUAUUUUAAUAUGCAUUUGAAAACUGCUUUUUUUCUUGGUCAUGGAAGGGGAGACUGUGGGAAGAGCAUUUUAAGUUCUUUGAGAAGACAUUUGAUUGAAGUAAUUUAUUCCUGUUAAACACUCCAGAGCAAUACUGAAUAGCUGUGUCCCCCUCAAUUUUGACAGACUCCUCAAGAGGAAAAUCCUUUCUUGGUUUGUUUUCCAAGAGAGAAAAACCUGAAUUUCCAAGUGGAUUAAACAGUUUAGCAAUCCCUAUUCCAUUUCUUGCAAGCUUCCCCCUCCCCACCCCAAGCCAAAUCACUCUUCCCCUCUGCUCUUGUCCACAGAUUUACUAUUCAGCUAAUUUUAGAGGUGGGUUUAGGUGUUUGUUUUAAAAACACUGCAGUGUCUGUCUCUGGUAAUCCACCAGGUGGAAGCAGAUGUGUAGAAUAUCUGUACAUGUAUUUGUAAAUCUGAAUUUGAGCAGAGGGUGUUUCUAAGGAGGGCAGUGUAUGUGCAAAGGUGAGGGAACCCUCAGCAGUAUAAUGCCAUGAGUAAAGCAGAAAUUUGCAGUUAACCACCAGCUGGAUUCGUUGGUGGUUUUUGUUCAUGUGGUGGGCCCUGUGACAUUGUAUUAGCCAAUUCCUCUGAUGUAUGGUUAGAGACCAGUUGCCUGGCUGUUCUGAAUUACAGCAGGGAGAAGGCUACCGGGGAGGGGAUGGGGAGAAUAAGAUAGGAAGUGGUUUCUUGGAGAUGGGUGCUCUUCUGCUAACAGAAGUUUUGGUCUAUCAGCCUUCAAUGUGCUUUUCUGACCUGCAAGCUUGUUCGUACCUUACUGAUGUCUUCCCUCCUGCCUGCAUUCCCAUCAACUGCCUAUCAUCCCUGUGCCUCUCUGCUCUUGCAGAAAAAUAGCUUCUUUGAAGUUUGGGGGUUAUCCCUUUUGUAUUGAAGUUUGGGGGUUAUCCCUUUUGUAUUGAAGUUUGGGGAUUAUCCCUCCCUUUUGUAUUCAGCCCUUACAACAAUUUUGGUCUGAGUCCAUCUUUGUCUGAAAUAUGCUAAAAGAGCUAGAUUUUUAUUCAGCUUGGUUGAGGGAUGGGUGGAGUCCACGUGGUGUCAAACAGGAGGCUUGAGGUAGCUCUGAGGGACCUCCUGAAAGCAUCCCUCCGUCCUGCAAAUGCUCAUGGUCUCUUAAAGGGAGUAAUUUGGAAAGGGGCUGUGCUAUACAGAUUUGCACUGCCUGCUCCAUUUCAUGCAACAGAAAUGCUGUGGCUGUGCACUGCUGCAGGAUUUUGUGCUGUCCGUUUACAGUUUUUUGUCAUCUCUCCACUGACCUGUUGCACUAAAAUUAAUGUCACACUGCCUGACAAACUGUGCUCUUAAUAACUUAAGCUUUGCUUGCAGGGCAAAGCUAGGGCAGUAAGACAUGUUGAAUAUGCACUGGCUUAAAUUAUUUCCUUACUGACUUGUCCUCUUUGAGCUUUGCUUAAUUCCGAACAUGUUACAGAAGCAAUCAGAGUGCCUAGAAGUGAAGUGUUCCUUUCCAGCUCCAUCAGUGAGGGUGUUUGCAUUUUAAGCCCAGAGUUGCAACACUUAGUCCUGUACUUGUACUUCGUGCAUGUUAGGACAAAUAAAAUGGAGGGAGAGCUGAAAGAGACCAUUUGCAUCACUUGAGGCCCAGUGGGAGCUGAGGGUCAGGAUCACUCUGAGAAUUAAUCAGUUCACUAGAGAAUAUGAUAAUACAAGGAAAUGAUGGUAUUGCAAUAUGGUUUUCUUUUUUUUAAUUGGUAGCAGAAGCUUUAAAAAUAAAGAGAGCAAGAGAAAGCCUGGGAGCAGAAGUCGCCUGAAGGGGAAAUGACCAAGACCAGCUUAGAAGUGCAGAGAAUGGUGGUUCAGGAGUGCUGGUUUGCUGUGUCUUUGUGGGAAACUCCUUUCUAUCUUGUGGAGGGGGGAGAAAGCAGUCACAGCCCUAUGAAAUCUGACUGCUUAAUGCUGCUUUGAAAAAAGUGCAACAGUUCUGGGCCUUCUGCUUUUCUUGCGGAUUGAGGAUUUUAAACAGGGAAAGACGGGCCUGCGGAAAAGUGAGUGUAAUCACAAAGCUGAAAGCGGGUCUGGCCUUUCUUGUCAUUUUUAACAAGCCAAAACAUUGCAGAAAUCUGCCCAGGCAAACUUUCGGUCCUGCUGUGCCCCAGUGCAAUAAUUAUAAUGCAGAAACAGCUGAUGGGUCACGUCUCCAGCCCUGCACAGUGUUAUGACUUGCUACCUACAUUCCAUGUUUAGCUUUGAGCGAUCAGAUGGUGCAAGCAACGUGAGCUAGCAGCGCCUGAGGACAUGCAGCCAGGCAACAUGUCCUUUCCCUCUGCAGCUUUGGUUUCUUUUCUCCACUUGUGUCUCAUCCUGUCCCCUUAAGGUGAUGCAUUUUACAAUAAAGGCUGCUCUUUGGUGAGGGUCAGCUGCCCUUGCAGGAGCAUGUGUGCCAUUCCCAGUGUGCUGUUAAGUCCAAGGGCCCAAGGUUUGUAAAUAUUGUUUCUAAAGUACCUGAGAACUCCAGGUGAGCUGCUUGCCCUACUUACCAGGGACUCUGGAGCUGUGGUUGGUACAUGUGGUGGCACAUGGUGGCAGACUGCAUCAGCAUUGUUACUGAUGUGACUUAAUGAAGCAUGAGUUGUGUUGGAGGGAUAAAUUUUGUCUCUGUGCAUAGGGAAAGGGUCAUUUAUGAAUGUUUACAGACAGACAAAAAAGUUGAAAAUGAUGCUUGUGUAAAGAGCGAGGGAGACAGGGAGGGAAGAGGGAUAGGUUGGACUAGUGUUUUGUAUUGUGCUUAGCACAGUGCAAAAGGUACACACAGUCCUUGAUCUAGGAAAACUGGAUAAGUAAGCAGUAAGCAUUCAUUGUCUGGGACUGCUCUUGCUCUCUUGAACUCCUCCAGGGAUGCUAUGGGAGAGGUGCAGUGCAGACAUUUUGCUUGUUGUAGUUUGUAUUAUUGUGAACUUACAUUCAUGUAAAUGGGUUUAAUUAGAGAACUGAACUUCAGGUUGACUUUUAAAUGAUAGGAGUGUUCUUUAUGGCAGAGGGGUUGCAAGCAAGCUCUGAGCUGGAGAGAAGGGAGCGAUGGGGAGCAGGAGGAGGGAGUCAGGAGAUGGAGCUGGCUGUGGCGUUCCUGAAAUAAACUUCCUGCAAUUCUUUGCAGUGUGCAGGUGUCCAGACUCCCCUUUACUCAUGGUCGCCUGUGCAGCCCGUCAGGCGACUGAAGGCUGUACCUAAAAUUCUGCCGGCAGUGCAGCACACACUGCAAUGGUCUUGAUAUAGUUACGGUGGACACCUUGCACACCUACUGGUUGUAGCAUCCCCUCCUAGUCCGAACGACUGAGUGUUGAGUUCCAGGAGUCUACACGUGUGGAGUACUGCCUGGACUAGAAAAAGGAAAGCUGCAGAGAUUGUAAGCUGCUGCUUGAUCGGUGUGGCUGUUGUGCCGAAGAGCAUCAAAACUUUGCUGGAUGGAUCCGACAGCUCGUUGCAGAGUAGAGGUGCUAGAGGGUGCUGCUGAAGAAGAGGCUGAAGAGCCAGACGCUACUAUACAUACUACACUAAGUGAGGAGACCAGCAACCAAGGAGAGAGCCCCAGUCAAUCAGGGGACAAAAACGAAGUUCCAGAGAAGCAGCUGGAAUGCUUAAGCAGCUACCAGGUAUCACCAAGCCCACCAAACAGUUUGGACGGAGCAGACUUGUCCUCCAUUGACGCCAUGAUGUCAGCAGUGAUGAAUGUGGGGAAGAUUGCUGAAAAUGGCGGGAGCUCUCAAAAUGUCAAAUCCCCCUCGAAGUCUCCUGCACCAAAUCGGAUUGGCAGGAGAAACCAGGAAACAAAAGAGGAGAAGUCUUCCUAUACCUGUCCUCUGUGUGAAAAGAUUUGCACUACACAGCACCAGCUAACUAUGCACAUUCGUCAGCAUAACACUGACACUGGAGGGACAGACCAUUCCUGCAGCAUCUGUGGAAAGUCUCUGAGCUCAGCGAGCUCCCUUGAUCGCCACAUGCUGGUGCACUCAGGUGAAAGGCCUUAUAAAUGUUCAGUAUGUGGACAGUCCUUCACCACCAAUGGAAACAUGCACAGGCACAUGAAGAUUCAUGAGAAGGAUCCGAACAGCACAGUGACCACAACUCCCCCAUCACCACUGAAGCGCAGGCGAUUGUCUUCAAAACGGAAGUUUCGUCACGAUGAGAUGGACAGAGAGGAGAGGAUACCUGCAAAAAAGGUUGUCGAGGAUGGUCACUCCUGUGAAGGGGAUAAGAAGGCUGAGGAGGAAGUUUAUCAUUGUCCAGUGUGUUUCAAAGACUUUUUUUGCAAGUAUGGGCUGGAGUCCCACAUGGAGACACAUCCAGAUAAUUCUCUGAGGUGUGACAUCUGUUGUAUUACGUUUCGUACUCAUCGGGGCUUACUGCGCCAUAAUGCAGUUAUCCACAAGCAGCUUCCCAGAGAUCCCAUGGGAAAGCCUUUCAUUCAGAACAACCCUUCGAUUCCAGCAGGCUUCCAUGACUUGGGAUUCACAGACUUCUCCUGUAGGAAGUUCCCCCGCAUUUCUCAGGUCUGGUGUGAAACAAAUUUGCGAAGGUGCAUCAGCGACUUCCAUCGAUUUAUUUGUGAGAUGUGUAACAAGGCAUUCCCCAUGCUUUCGGCGCUCAAACUGCACACAGAAACUCAUGUGUUGGAUCAGGGAAAAGACAAGCACAAGCAACAGUCCAUGAUCCCGCCUGGUGAGAACCCAGACCAGAAAGCCUUCAUGGCAUCCUUGGGCCUACAGUACACCAAAGAUAUCAAGCCUGUCAAGCAGGAGGACAAUACACAAGAUGAGGUCCAAGAAAUGCGGCUCAGAGCACUGAAGAGUAACCUACCUCAGGAACCCAGCAGCACCGGUCUGCUCAGCCUCUCUCCUCUGGAAGCUGCCUCUAUGGGAGGGUCAUUUUCAGUCCUUCCCCCUACAAAAGAGAACAUAAAGCUUCUCUCGCUGCAGCCUUUUCAGAAGGGUUUUAUCAUCCAGCCUGACAGCAGUAUUGUGGUAAAACCCAUCUCCAAUGAGUCUGCCAUUGAGCUGGCAGACAUUCAGCAGAUCUUGAAGAUGGCUUCUUCCGCUCCUCCUCAAAUCAGUCUUCCUCCCCUUUCUAAGGCACCUUCUGUCCCUGUGCAGUCUAUUUUCAAGCAUAUGCCGCCACUGAAGCCAAAGCCUUUGGUAACGCCCCGAACAGUCGUUGCAACCUCUACACCUCCUCCUCUUAUCAGUGCCCAGCAAGCCUCCCCUGGCUGCAUCAGCCCGAGCCUCCCACCUCCCCCUCUGAGGCUGAUCAAGAACUCAGUGGAGUCUUCUUCCAACUCUCACCUUCCCCAGCCAGGAGCCAGGUCGAGCCCUUCCUCGCAGUUGCUCCUCCAACCCAAAGUAGAGCCUUUAACUCAGCAUGAGAUGAAGACACAACUGGACCAGGACAGCAUCAUCGAAGCUCUCCUGCCUCUGAGCAUGGAAGCCAAGAUCAAGCAAGAGGUCACAGAAGGAGACCUUAAAGCCAUCAUUGCAGGGGCAGCGAACAAGAAAGCCCCAACCAUGAGGAAAGUUUUGUACCCCUGCCGUUUUUGUGACCAGGUGUUUGCCUUCUCUGGUGUCCUGAGAGCUCACAUCCGCUCUCACUUGGGUAUUUCCCCAUACCAGUGCAACAUCUGUGACUACAUUGCAGCUGACAAGGCAGCGUUGAUCCGACACCUGCGGACACACAGCGGGGAGAGGCCUUACAUCUGUAAAAUCUGCCACUACCCGUUCACAGUGAAAGCCAAUUGUGAGAGGCACCUGCGAAAGAAGCACUUCAAAGUGACCAGGAAGGAUAUAGAAAAGAACAUUGAAUAUGUCACCAGCAAUGCUGCAGAGAUGGUGGAUGCCUUCUGCUCCCCAGACACUGUGUGCAAGCUGUGCGGUGAGGACCUGAAGCAUUACCGAGCCCUCCGCAUUCACAUGAGGACGCACAGUGGCUGCCAGAAGAAGAAGCCGUUUGAGUGCAAGGAGUGUGGCACAGCCUUUUCAGCCAAGAGAAACUGCAUUCACCAUAUCCUCAAGCAGCACUUGCAUGUGCAAGAAAGGGAAAUUGAGAAUUACAUCUUAGCGGUGGACUGCAGUGCCCAUGCAAGCCAGACAGACCCUUCUUUAUUGGAGGACAGCACUUACAUGGACCACAAGACCAUGACGCCUUUCCUGGAGCCACAGAAUGGCUUCUUGCUUGGGACAUCGUCUCAUGUUCCCAUCAAACUUGAACCUGCAGGCAGCUUCCCAAUGGAUUUUGAUGAGCCAUUGGAUUUCUCUCAGAAGAGCAGAAGCCUGAGUGCUGUGCAAGUGAAGCAGGAGAACCUGUUUGGUUCUUCUCCCGUGCCCUUCUACGACUGUUCCAUGGAGCCUAUUGACCUGUCCAUCCCCAAAGUCCUGAAGAAGGAUAAAGAUGAUGUCCCAUAUGAAGCUAGAAAUCAAGAGCUGGCUGCUUCUGGGAACAGUGAUAAAGCCUACAACUGUCUGCAGUGUCCUUUGGUUUUUGGUGCCAACGGGAACUCAGAGAAGAACAGGGGUGUCAGACAUACCCAGCCACUGAAAGGUUCGUUGCAUUUGACUGUCCCAAUCAUUUCCCCUGCUCUCCUUGGCAAUUCUGCCUUGCUGAGACCCUUGAGGCCUAAACCACCACCUCCACCUCUCUUGCCAAAGCCUCCAGUAACUAAAGAGCUGCCACCGCUAGCUUCCAUUGCACAGAUCAUUUCAUCUGUGUCUUCUGCUCCCGCUUUGCUGAAAACGGAGGCUGAAGACACUGGUCCCAAGGCAGUGAGCAGCUCCACUGGAUGUGACAAAUCAGGGAACGCCAAAGCAAAAGUGACAAUCGUGACCACCGUGCAGAGAGACUCCAGCCUGCCCAGUGACCUGGCUCAGGCAUGUGAUCCAGAGCCGUCUCCCGUUGCCGAACCUGUGUUGACUAAGAGAAGAGGUAGAAAGAAAGGAACAAAAAAUAAGCCUAAAUUUAGCAGUGGUCUGGAUCUGGAGUCAAGUGGGGAAUUUGCCAGCAUAGAGAAGAUGCUGGCUACCACAGACGCUAAUAAAUUCAGCCCGUUUCUGCAGUCCACUGACAAUUUCAAGGAAGAAAGCAGCAGAAAUGGAGCAAAUGAGGAUGAGAAGGACACUGCUGAAGAUAAGCUGCUGAGAGGGAAGAGGAAUGCUUACUCAGACCGCCUGCAAAACAUCCCCUGUCCUUACUGUCCUCAAGUCUUUCCAUGGGUAAAUUCCCUACAGCAGCACAUACUCACUCAUACAGACAGCCAGUCUGAUGCAGAGACACUAGCUACAGGAAAUGAAGUCUUGGACCUGACCUCUUGCGAGAAGGAACGGCCGGAGGAAAUAACAGAGCUACCAGCGAGUGAGUGCGGCCCCAAGGAGCAAAAGGCUGACUCCCCUCCAGCAGAACAGGAUGCCGAAAUAAAAGCGGAUGGAUACGAAGAGGGCCCUGAGGAAGAUUCUGUAAGUAACAAAAGUCUUGACCUCAAUUUUGCCAGCAAAUUAAUGGACUUCAAGCUGGCAGAGAGUGACCAGAGUGCAGGCAGCAGUACUCAGACUGAAAGGAAACAUGCCUGUGACAUUUGUGGCAAAACCUUCAAGUUUGCUGGCACUCUUGGCCGUCACAAAAAGGUCCACAUUCGUGAGGACAGAAAGGAUGAAAGGAGCAGUGAGGAUGAAAGCAAAAGCAUUCAGGAUAAUGCAGGAGCUCCCUCGAUGCAGGACUCUGGUAUUGAGCAGGAAGAGUCUCCGAUGGACUUGAAGGUAGUGGAGUCUCCUGUGGACUAUGAGGCAACAGGAAAGGAAAAUGAAGAGAGCGAAAGCAUCUCUGAGGGGGAAGGCACAGAGAGAAAGUCCACUGAGAAGAGCAGUGAUGACAAAAAACCAAAGACUGAUGGGGCUAAGAUUACUGCAAAAGCAGACAAAAGAAAGAAAGUCUGUACUGUGUGCAACAAGCGUUUCUGGUCUCUGCAGGAUCUGACGCGACAUAUGCGGUCUCAUACAGGUGAGAGACCUUACAAGUGUCAAACCUGUGAACGGACCUUCACUCUGAAACACAGCCUGGUUCGCCACCAGCGCAUACACCAGAAAGUCAAAACCACCCGAAACCAUGGGAAGGAGAGCGACAAGGAGGAGACGCAGUCAAGGUGUGGAGAAGACAGCGAGAACGAGUCAAGCCACAGUGGUGCCAACCCUGUCUCAGAAAACGAGUGCGACUCUGCCGGGGGCAUCGGUGACCAAACAUCAUCGUCCCUCAUGGGAAGCCGAAAAGAGUCCCUGGCUGGCACGGUCCCGGGCCUCUCCCCCUGCAGAGAGGAGAGGCUGAGCGGGCGAGGAGCCGGCACCUGCCUGGUGGAGCCCACCAAGAGCGCACAGAAACAGAGCGCAAAAGACCAGGAGCCUCGGGGCGGCUCGGAGCUCGAGAGGCCCUCGGGUUUCAUUCAAGACUUGCUGGAGAUGCACAACAAAAAGUCUCCCAUGAAUCACAUCCUUGCCUCUGCAGACAGUGCGCCUCAGCUCUUGGGGGUUGAAUGACUUUGCUCAGAGGUUGGAGCCGUCCUGGCACACAAGCUGAAGCCAGCAGAGCAAGGUUUCCCUGGAGUCCUGUUUCGGAAGAGCGACCUACAGCUGUGGGGAGAGUAUGGCAGACUGGAUGCGGUGCCAUAUGCCUUUCAGUAUAAUAAUGCAAGAGACUACAGUAUAUACUGAUUUGAGUGCCUUACUACUUUAUUAGAUCUUUUGGUAUUAUAGAUUUUUUUCAAAAAUGAUUUUUUUUUAAUAUUUUAAUGAAUUAUUUGGAGAGGACCUUUUUCAUUUAAGCAUUAAUGUUACCUUUUGUAUUGGUGUGCGUGAGCUUGUUCUUGUAUAUCUGUGAUAGUCGCUGUGUUUGUUCUCUGAGCUGGAAAUGGGGGCAGUGGGGUGGGAGGCCCUUGGAUACCACAGCCAAUAACUGGAAGAAAAAAUAUGUGAAUUUCAUAUGAAAUAGUCAGAGGAAAUGGCAGGUGAGGUGUUUGUUUUUUCUCAGUAGAUGUUCUUGCAUUUGCCACACGGUGGAGCAUUAAGCCUGUUCCAGGCCUGAACGACGUGGCAGUUGAAGGUGUUCAAAGUGGUUCAAGCCAAAAAGCAGGAAACACAAAGAAAUUUCAACCUCACGCUUGUUUCCACUUUUCAGCAUUAGAAAUGGUCUUCUGAAUCUUAGGGGGUUUUUCUGGCCGUCAUGGACUGAGCGUGUAUGCAGAGAAGAGUUACAUAGCAACGUAACCUAUGGAAAUGAUGCACCCGCUGUUAUAUAUGUUUGAUUUGCUUCAGUAUAUUAUUAUUAUUAUUUUAUUGUUAUUUUAUAAAUCCAUCAGUUCGCUUGUCUCUGCAGUCAGCAGAAACCAAUGGGCAAUAUUUGCCCCCCGCAGACAUAUAGCGCCGCUUGGAUCCCCUCUGGAAAUGUUUUAGACUCGACGCUUUCACCAGCUCCUCUUCUUAUGUUGCAGCUCUUCUACUGUACUUUAAAUGAGACCCUUCUUCUGGCCGGAGAGUCAAACAGAGGCCGUUUGCGAGGUAUCAGCACACCCGUACAGGCAGGGGAGCAUCUCACUCGUGUGCGUGCAUGUGUGCGUGUGUGUCAGGGGGAGGCCCCUCCAAGUGCAUGAGAAAGGUGCUGCGAGUGCUGAGGUUAGUCUUGUGGCCAUCACACCGGUGACAGCGCGCGUUACUCAAAGAGCAAAGUUAUCCCGUCUUCCAGCCGAAAGCAAGCCAGGGAGAAAUGCGAGCCUUACCGUCAUCUUGCUACUGUCAUGUUCUAGAGCAAGAAAAUACUACUGGUAAUAAAACUACAGAUUUAAGACAUGUUAAAGAAUAAAUAAAAUAAAUUAAUAAAAAAUAAAUUCUUCCUGA